AUGCUUAUUAAGGAAGUGGAUAUAUCUUGGCUCAUAACGUUUACUGAACAAAUUGAGGGAGAGAAACUCAAAGAGAUGAGAAUGAGAAAUUCCAAGAAAGCUUGGAAUGAAGGUGGGUUCUCAAAUGCUAGGUCCGAUGGUGGUAGUGGCCAUUUUCAACAAGGCAAAUGUUCCGGAAAGAAAAAGAGUCAUGGAGGGAGAUAUUUCAUUGGAACCGGUGCUUGCUUCAGAUGUGGCAAAAUGGGACAUCGGAAAUCCGAGUGCCCUUAUGUUACUAACAAGGGUAGAGAAGGUUGUCCUCAAGGACAAGUUUCUCAAGGUGGCCAAGUUCCACAAGGUGCCCAAACUCAACCUAAGGGUGGUCAAUGCAACAACCGGUUUUAUGCUAUUCAUGAUAGGCAAGAAGUGGAGGAGACUCUCGAUGUUGUUACCAGUAUCUUAUGGGUCUUUCAUUGUGAUAUUUAUGCCUUGCUUGAUUUGGAUGCAAAUUUGUCUUUUGUUACUCCAUAUGUAACUAUGAGGUUUGAUCUUAGCCUCGAAAUAUUGAUGGAACAUUUUUCCAUUUAUACUCCUGUAAGGAGCCUUGGAGUAACUGGUGAAGUUGCUGCCAUAUGA